AUGUCAAACGGAGCGCCGGCGUCGGCGGCGCCGACCGGACAGGAUUUAGCGGAAUCCUCUGACGACGGCUACAGGAUGCAGCUGCCCCAACUCCCACAUGGAAAGCGGCUGGAGACGACGGUGUUUCUACACGGUGACCUGCGCGGGAGGCCGUACAGGACCCAGGACUUCGCUGAGGCGCUGGAGGAGACCGUGGGUAUGAAGAACGUGGUGGGGCUGGGAACCUUUCAGUACAACCACGUGCUGAUUUGCACACUCGACACCGCCGAGGCGAAGGAGCGCCUCGCUGCAUUCAGGGAGCUCACCGUGAAGGGAAGAAGGUGCAUCAUAAUCGACCCCAACCAGACGGAGGUGACGCUGCGAGUACAUUGGAUGCCUACCUUCGUGACUGACAGCGAGGUCGAAGGCGCUCUUGCCUCUCUUGGCAGGUUGAAGCGUUCUACGCGGGAGAAAUGGCGUGCACCGAACGGCGCAUAUGAGGUGCACAGCACAACGAGAAGCGUCACCCUCGUUCUCUGUGAGGGGGUCAACAAGGAAAACCCUCCUCAUCGCGUGCAUAUCUCUGAUGGCCUCCAUCACCCGGUGUUGCUCUCAAUGCCUGGCCGACCGCCGCUGUGUCUCCGCUGCAACCAGCUGGAGCACAUGCGGAGGCAGUGCCAGGCUCCUUGGUGCCGCAGGUGUCGUGGAUCUGGCCAUGUCGAGAUUGAGCUCGUGCCGACAUACGCGGCCAAAGCCAGGGUCCAAAUUAACACGGCCCCCGAAGACGUACUUCUGGACGACGGUGACGAGCCAAUGCAGCUUGCCUUCACGGAGCCACUGCCGCCGCUCGACGCCGAUCAUACGUCGCGGGAUUCAGGCGAGCAUCCGGAAGUGACGGAAGGAGAGUGCGAUGUCAAGGAAGACAACGGAAAAGCGGCACAGAUCGACGACGUCGUUCAGCUGACAGACGGGCUGGCGGCAUCCGCUGAAGCAACCGGCUCGACGCCGGCAUCGAAGUCGGCCGCCUCUUCAGCGGAGUCAGCCGCUCCGUGCAAGUCUCCCCUACCGAGCGGCCCAGGUUUGGCCAAGUGUCUCAACCAAACCUCUAAACUGUGCAAAGUGGCCUUGUGGAUAAAGUAG